CUCUUCCUCCUCACUUCUCUCCUUCCCAGGCCCUUUCACUCAGAAGUUCCAAGCUGUUCCCUCUCUCCAUCUCUCUCUCCCUCUCUCCCUCUGUCAUCUUGGGCUGCAAAUUCUUGCUGCAAAAGCCAGAAAUGGGUUCUCUCGGAUUCACCAUUGUGGCCUUCCUGACAUUGCUGAAGACAGUCCAGAGCGAUGGGAGCGGAUGGACCUCUGCCCACGCCACUUUCUAUGGGGGCAGUGAUGCUUCUGGAACAAUGGGUGGGGCUUGUGGGUAUGGGAAUCUGAUUAGCCAGGGGUACGGCACCAACACGGCCGCCCUGAGCACCGCCCUGUUCAACAACGGGCAGAGCUGCGGAGCGUGCUACGAGAUCCAGUGCGUGAGUGACAGCCAGUGGUGCUUGUCCGGCUCCAUCACCAUCACUGCCACCAAUUUCUGCCCUCCUAACCCUAGCCUCCCGAACGACAAUGGAGGAUGGUGUAAUCCCCCUCUCGAGCACUUCGACCUCGCCGAGCCGGUCUUCCAGCAGAUCGCUCAGUACAAAGCCGGAAUAGUUCCUGUUCAGUACAGAAGGGUUUCUUGUGUGAGGAAGGGUGGGAUCAGAUUCACCGUCAAUGGCCACUCCUACUUCAACCUCGUCCUGAUAACCAACGUCGGUGGCGCUGGGGACGUGGUGGCGGUGUCCAUCAAAGGCUCCAACACCGGCUGGCAAGCCAUGUCCAGGAACUGGGGCCAGAACUGGCAGAGCAACUCGUACCUCAACGGCCAGGCCCUCUCUUUCCAGGUUACCACCAGCGACGGCCGCAUCUCAAUCUCCAACGCUGCCGCCCCGCCCAACUGGUCCUUCGGCCAGACAUUCAGCGGGUCCCAAUUCUAAACCCGACCCUGGGGCCGGAAAAACCGUGAAAAGCUAACUCCAAAAAAAAAAAAAAAUCUACACCUUCUAACCCAAUGAAGGGCCCAAUUUUAAUUUCCUCUAGUCAAAUAUAGGCUACUGAACAUAACAAUGUGACUUUAUUAUGUGCGUGGUGUUGGUCAUGUGGUGUCCUAGUCCCCUGUGGGCGGGCAGGCCUUUUAGGAGCGGCCCCGAAAGUCUGUUCCCCCCUUGUGCUCAUGCCCUCUAUUCAAACGGGUGUGACACAGUGUCGUGUCAUGUUGUGUCAUAACUAUCACACCGGAGAUCAUCUCUACACAGCGUGGAAGGCCUCUCUUUUCAAAUAACUUUUCUAUAUACCGGAAAGAAUCGAUUAGGCUGAGGUGAAUGAGGAGUGGUCACCCGCCCAGGAAAAUGAAAUGAAAUGCAACUGUCGAUUGUAAAAUUCCAAGGCUUUCGCUUCUCAGCAAGAGGCAGGAGGUUGUGGAAGAAGACUUUGCUUUUAGCUUUGGUUUUUCUUUUCUUCGUUUUCUUCUGUUGUUUCGGGAGCUCAGGAAGGCACUAAGCUGAGCAGUGACAAGACUUUUUUUUCACACAGCCGAUCAGCUGAUGAUGGUGUACUUGAAACUCUAUAUAAACUAAUGUAUUCUGUGUAA